GCUCGUGAUCGAGUAGUAAUCUGGUGUACGUAAGUUUUACAGGCGCAACUGCCUUUUUAGUCCACCUAGCUCUCCGUCUGAGCGGAUUUCCAUUCAGUACUAAAGGGACCAUUGUAGCCCUCAAUCUUUUGCUAUGUUCAGCGUGAUACCAGUCACAUUGUCAAACGGCCAGCUCGCCACAAUCGUGCCGUUUGAGUCUGUCAACCAGGUUCCAAAAUCCUUGGUUGACAAGUUGCACAAGGAAUACAACUACGAAGUCGAGCAAGGAAACACCUUGGCCCAGAUCGAGCCUCUUACAGAACAGGAGUUUCUGGAGUACUACUGCCCCAAAUUCCUUGCAAUCAUGCUCCAAGGGGAAUUCCAGUCCACAUCUCACGCUAUCGAGAUAGCGAAAGACAGUGAUCUCGGUGAGAAGUUUUUGGGGUCUUAUUACAUAAAACCAAAUUACCCGGGGAGAUCGUCGCAUAACUGCAAUGCAGGGUUUCUCGUUUCCAGCAAGCACAGAGGAAUGGGAAUCGGCAAGCUUCUUGGGAAAAGCUACCUAGAGUAUGCACCGAAACUAGGCUACCGUUACAGCGUUUUCAACCUUGUCUAUGAAACAAACAAGGCCAGCUCGCGAAUUUGGGACGACCUUGGCUUUGAGAGGAUUGGAAGGGUGCCAGGUGCUGGCUACUUGAAAGACCACGGAUACGUGGACGCUAUUGUCUUUGGCUACGAUUUCACCAAGGGCACGGAGAUUUGAUGCCAAAAGAGCGUUAAAUGACACAUUGGCCGCGAAAUGGUCAUAAUCGAAUGUAUAUCUAUUGUCAAGCGGCACAGCCAUGCGAGUUAUUAUAUAGAAAAAUACAGAUGGAGCCACUUGCCAUAUGACUAACAGGCAAAGAGCCGCUUCGAAGUGGCACCUUUAUGCUUACGUAACC